AUGCGUACAACUGUCCUUGCCAUCUUGGCCUUCACUUUAUUAUUUACCAUUUUCCAAUUCACAAAUGGUCACGGUCAAUUCAUUAACCCAAAGCCAAGAACUUUUGGUAGAUCAGAUGCUCUCACACAAAAAACAUCACCAUGUGGAAGCGUUGCCAAGACCAAGGCAACACAAAAUUACAAGGCUAAUCAAGUAGUCCCAAUCACAUGGAAUAUUCAAGCCAAUCACGGUGGUGUUAUGAGAAUUUCAAUUCUUGAUUAUGCUGGAGGUGCUUCCACCAUUCUUGCCAACAAUAUCAAGAGUGCUGCUGGUGAUACUGUUGUAAAUGUUACCAUUCCAGAUAGAUAUUGCAGUAAUUGUACUUUGCAAUGGAUGUGGAUUCCUGCAAACGAAGCUCCAUAUUAUGGAUGUGUUGAUAUCAAUGUUGCAGGUAAAGUUGUUGCUGCUGCAAGUGUUGGUAAGGGAAAUACCAAUACCAAUACUGGCAAAACUGGUGCUGCCUUAAGAACAUCUGAAAAUUCAUUCAUUGUUUUAGUUGGAUGUUUGCUUGCCUUGUUGGCUCUCGUUUUUCAAUAA